GAACGAAGCCAAAAUGGGCUGCGCUUCACAGUGUGCCAAGUAUUUUCUAUGCUUCUUCAAUUUUGUUUUUUUCAUAGCCGGAGGGGCUGCAUUGGCCGUCGGAGUUUGGCUUUUCGCCGAUAGUAGUUCCUUUGCUGAUCUCAUCGGCAAACUUGAUCAAUCGGACAUUCUGAACAAAACGGACACGGAUGUCAUCAGGAUAAUAUCGUAUAUCUUGAUUUUGGCAGGAGCCCUGAUCUUUCUGGUUAGCUUCCUAGGAUACUGUGGAGCAAUGUUUGAAUCUCGAUGUCUCCUCUGUGUUGUAAGUGUUUUUACAAAACUCAUGUUUUUUUCAUUCAUUGCAAUUUUUUAGGCAGAGAAAACCACACAAAAUUUUCUGAAGACUACAAUAAAGUACUAUGCCAGUAACAUUGAUAAAGCAGAAACGAUUACAGUUACAUGGGAUGGUAUAAUGACUCAGCUUCACUGUUGUGGAGUAGAAAAUUAUUUAGAUUUUCGAGAGAGCACAAAUUGGACAACUACAGAUAAGAUAGUUCCUGAAGCAUGUUGUAUAAAAGAAAACAAUGUUCUAAAGGAUUCAUCGUGCCCUAUCGCUCCUACUUCUAGCAAUUCUUACUAUAAGGAGGGUUGUUAUGAUGCAAUAAUGAGGGCAAUUGAAGAAAAUGCAGCUAUAGUAAUUGGCGUUGCAGCUGGAUUAGCAUUCAUCGAAAUCUUGGUCAUUAUUUUAGCUCUACAUUUGGCUUGCUGUUAUUGGCGACCACAACACGUUUUAACUUGUUGGUGCUGCUGUUGA